UGCUCGGCCGACACCGCACCGCCACCCUGCAAUCCCGCGCAGCCACCACACGGCACACGCAACAGAUGGCGCCGGAACGGUGCGCGCAGUGCGGCGGCGAGGCGAGCCAGCGCUGCGGGGGCUGCCAGCAGGUGUUCUACUGCUGCAGGGACCACCAGCGGGCGCACUGGAGCACACACCGCCCGCUCUGCAGACCCUUCAAGGUGGGCCAGGACGCGGUGGUGGGCCGCUACCUGUGCGCGUCGCGCGACAUCGCGGCGGGCGAGCUGGUGCUGCGCGAGCCGCCGCUGGUGUGGGGCCCCUCGCAGGCGACGCCGGCCGUCUGCCUGGGCUGCUACGUCGUGCUGGAGGCGGCCUCGUGCGUGCGCUGCGCCCGCUGCGGCUGGCCCAUGUGCUCGCAGCACUGCGCCAACUCCCUCGACCACCGGCCCGAGUGCGACAUCACCGCCGACGUCCGCGGCGCCAAGGUGAGCAUCAGCAGCUUCGGGCAGGAGCACCCUACCUACCAGUGCGUGACGGCGCUGCGCGCGCUGCGCCUGCGCGCUGCAGACCCGGCGCGCUGGCAGAAGCUGUGGGCGCUCGAGUCGCACUGCGCGCACCGCCGCGGCACGCCCAAGUACGAGGCCGACCGCGUCGCCGUCGCGCAGUUCGUCCGCCGCUUCUUCAAGAUGACUGACUUCUCCGAGGAGGACAUCCUGCGCGUCUGCGGCAUCCUGCAGGUGAACGGGCACGAGGUGCCGCUGACGGAGCCGAGCUACGUGUCGGUGUACGAGUGGGCGUCGCUGCUGGAGCACAGCUGCCGCGCCAACUGCUCCAAGAGCUUCAGCGAGGCGGGCGAGCUGCUGCUGCGCGCGGCGGCGCCGAUCGCGCGCGGCCAGCGGCUCACCAUCUGCUACUCGGACUCGCUGUGGGGCACCGCCAGCCGCAGGCAGCACCUGCGCGAGACCAAAUUUUUCUGGUGCCGCUGCGCGCGUUGCACCGACCCCACCGAGAUGGGCACCUUCUUCAGCGCGCUCCGCUGUCCCCAGCCGGGUUGCGAGGGCGUGUGCGUGCCGGCGGGGGAGAGCCUGCAGCAGGAGCCGGAGGACGAGCAGGAGGAGCCGCCCUGGUGGUGCCGCUCCUGCCAGCAGCCCAUGGCCGCCGUGCAGGUGCUGCAGCAGCUGGAGGCGGCGGGCGCGGAGCUGUCGGCGCUGCCGCGGGGCGACGCGGAGCGCUGCUGGCAGUUCGUGCGGCGCCACGAGGCGGCGGCGCGCCUCGCCGACGACCACUUCUACCUGACCGAGGCGCGCCUCGCGCUGGCCCAGCUGCUGGGACAGGGCCCCGCCGGCGUCGCCGCGCUGCCCGAGGACCACCUGCGCGCCAAGGAGGCUCUGUGUCGCAGGCUGCUGCGGCUCGUCACCGUGCUCUGCCCUGCGGAGAACCGGGUGCGCGGCGUGCUGCUGUGCGAGCUGCAGGCGGCGAUCGCCGAGGCGGCGAGGCGCAGCGCGGCCGCCGGAGGUCUGGACGCCGCCGCCUUCCGCCAGAGUCUCAAGGAGUCCCGCGAGCUGCUGGUGGAGGCGCUGGACCUCCUGCGCUACGAGCCGGAGGUGCUGCCAGAGGGCAAGAUCGCCGAGCACGCCAGGGAGGCGCUGCGCGACGUGGACAUCGCCACGCAGCGCCUCCACUGCACGCUGGCCGGUGGACUCAUCUGAGGGCGCGUCCACACACACCACGGCCGGCACCAGAUCUGCACCACACUACGAGCCUGCUCCCAACCCCACUCACCCUCCUCAUCCCGAUAUUUUGGUUCAGUUUAGACACGUGA